AUGUCGCACGAAGUCGGAACAUCGAGCCCAAAUGACAAAGUAAUCAAUCAAGGACACAUCCGAAAUACACGAGAAAGUAUAGGACCCACUCAAACCGCACACGAGCACAAUAAUUCAAAUGCGAAAGGAACGCAAGAGAUGAGUGAGCUGAGUCUCAACAGUUUUGAAGAUUCGUCGACCAAUAUCAGCUCCGUUACAUUGCCCGAGUACACAUUUGAAGACGAUGCG